UACCUAAACAUAUAGAUGGGAAACUGGCGAAAACGUUUAGACAGGUCACGCUUCAGUGAGAAAGGGCAGAAUUUGUUUUUCGGCUUUCAAAAUAAGUUCAGUUAUCGCGGUUUACCGAUUUUGAUUAAUUACAACUGGACAGAGUAUAUUAUCGCGGUUUACUGAUUUUGAUUAAUUACAACUGGACAGAGUAUAUUAUCUAGGGGUAAUAUAUAUUAUUUAAAUUAAAAGUGGUAAAAUGAGUCACUGCUGCAUUUCUGAGUGCUCCUAUGACAAGAAGCGUAAAACACCGAAGCGUUCUCUUUUUAAAAUUUUACGCCCUGACAUUGCUAAAAUGCAAUAGAAAAAAAGCACCGUGAGGAACUGGUCCGGUGCAUCUUGUCUCUGCGGGAUCCUAAUCCAAAAAAGGGAGACAAGAUCAAAGACAUGUUGCAUAAGGAAACGUAUGCUUGUUAUAUUUUUUACAUUAUAUAUAAACACUGCUUCAAAAACUAAAAGUUACUUUUUCUACAUUUAACUAAGUUAUGUUUGUAUAAAGGUUUUCUGAUUUGAUUAUGUUAUCAUAAUCUAUGUUAAUAACUGUCAAUUCGUAAAAAUAUUGUUUUUCAAAUAUAUCUUAACUAGCCUAACUUGCUUUAUUUUUUCUCAUAUUAUGGUUAUUAUACAGGGCAUUUAUCUGUGAGGUGCAUUUUAGACCAGAAGACUUAACUGUUUAUCCUAGUCGGAAGUGUCUUAAAGCUGGUGUAGUUCCCUCUUUAAAUAUGCCAAAAAAGUCUUGUUUUGUUCCCAAGGUAAAAUAUAUGUUCCCAAGGUAAAAUAUAUGGUGUAAGUAGAUUUUCUACAGCUUCAGCUUCAUGAGUCUUCAGUUUUAAUAGAAUUCUAGGAAGCCAAAUACCACCAGCUCAUCAGUGUUAGUAAAUAAAUAAUGAUAAUGUAAUAUACAGCUCAGUUUUAAGGGUUAAACUAUAUUGUUUAGUACUAAAUUUCAGGCAGCGUAUAAACCAAGAGGAUUAAUUCACUUAAAAUCCUUGAAUAUAUCUAUUGUUCCAGAAAAUUCGAAAAGAACCAGUCCAAAGGCAGUUUCCUUCUCAGCCAGAACGUCACACUACUGUGGAAAAAUUAGAAAAAGAGUCUAAAAAAAAUUUCUCAGAAGGUUAUUGGUGCGAGAAACAGUGUCUAUUGUAGCCUCAAUGUUAUUUUGUGUGUUCCAGUUAACAUAGAUUUCUGUUCAGAAAGCAACUUAGCUUUCCAUAAAACAUGGUUCUUGAUUUUUUUUAUGCCUUUAUGCAGCAUUUGCAUUUCUAUGGACGUCACCAUCUCUUGGAUUGCUUUCAACGGAUGGCGGGUUGAUCCCAGUCUCCUUAGCCUGCCCGACAUCAAGACAUCUACUUUAAAUCAAUUUUUAGGUAGCCAGAUAAAUAUUUAAAGCUUGUAUGUUCCAUGCAUAUUAAUAUGUUUAGUUAUUUGUUUACAUGGUAGACGAGGUGAUGAAGUUCCAACUUUGUGGUGGCAUUGAGCAAAAGUACUCAACACGAAAUACAACUGUGCAUCACCUACAACACUGGGGCGGAAACUACAUUGUAACAAAAUCCAUCACCCGAGCACCGUUGUGUCAAGUAGCAAGUAAGUAAUAAAAGUUGAUCAUUUUACUUUAAUUUGAUUUCAAAUUGUCCCCAUUUUUGCUAGUCUUGUGUAAUACGCAAUGUUCAAGAUAUGAGUACAAGUCUAAGUGGAAUAAAAAAUAUUGUGAACAGAGGCGUGAACUUAAGGAGGAGGAUUUUGUUGAUGUAGAUGAGAGCUUACAUUCAGAUUUCAUGGAGCUUCUUGAUUCAGAAUCUGGAGAUAUAAAUGAGUGGCAGCAGAUGUUCUUCAGAGAGCAAAUUGUGAAUUCCAACAAAAAGUCUCCAUAUUCCCGUAGGUAUCAUCCUGAUGUUGUUCGGUGGGCAAUUGAGCUGUGCUCACGAUCUCCCUCAGCCUAUCAACAUCUGGUUACAACUGAUGUACUGAAGCUUCCAUCAUCUAGAACUCUUCAAAAAUUCCGACAACACGAAAUGGCUUGUACUCAUCCAAGCCUGGGGGUUCAAAAUAUUUCUGUAAAUCUGGAAGGGACUUACUGUGGACACACAUACGAAAUUUGCAUGAACUGGAGUCCAAAUCGGUUCUUCACAAAACACGUCUUUCCACUUCACAUAUGCAACUUAAUUCAUUUUCAAAGAUGAAUGUUUUUCUUGCCCGACAAACCCUCCGCUGGGAUGUUGGAAAAGCUUUGCAACAAGAUGUGAAGAAUUCUGAUGGAACUGCGGAAUUUGUUCUACUGAUGGAUAAGUAAUACUCGCUACACUUUUUUAUCAAGCAAUACAUUUUCUGAAUUACCUAUCCAUCUAGGUGGUUUGACGUUAUUACUUGUUCCGUAAAAAA